UCAACGUAACCUCCUUUCGCAUAUUCUCGCGCAGUUUGUCUCUUCAAGCUUGCCGUUGGGAAGCCGUUAAGUUUGUCCUAUCUUGCUUGCCGUACCGACGGCAGCAGCUUGUAUGCCGUAUCAUCACGACCCCGUGGGUAGAAGAUGGGGUCGCGUUUUACACGAGCGUUUAGGAAUUUUAAUUUGGAAAACCGAGUUGUCAGAGAAAUGAAUAAACCAAAGCCGUCAGCUGCCCCGCGCUAUCCUUCAGAUAAACACCAAGUUGAGCAAAGCAGCGAAGAAUCUAUAAUCCAUGAUGACAUCCAUAAGAAAAAUGACCAUCUAUUAAAAUUAUUGAAGACAAUCUAUGUUGACUCAAAAGAUCCUACUUUAGAGAAGAGGAAACCAGAUCUGCCUGUUUUGAUGGAAGUGGAGCACAGACACCCUAAAUUCAGUCUACCAAAUGACUCUUUACAAAUGUUAAAUAUCAAAACAAUACCGAAAGGAAAAUUAACUGUUGUUGAAGCUGUGAUGAUCCUGAAUAAUCACAAGAAGUCUCCAGCAACCUGGACUGUAGAAAAUAUUGCCCAAGAGUACUGUUUAGAUUUAAAUGAAACCAAGGCAUUUUUAGAUUUUUUCAUUCCUUUUAAUGUGAAAAUUAUACCACCCAAACAAGACAGCAAGAAAAAAAUAAAAGCCACAUAGCACUUGUCCACUGCCUUCAGUUAUGGGCAAUAAUAAAAACAAAUGAGUUAAUAUUAUCAAGUCUGUCAUUUUUUUUUUAUUUUCUUGGAGUUUUUAUAUAGAUACACGAUUUGUUUUUUUUUGUAAAACUGUGUAUGUCUGAACAGGAUAUAUUUAUCUACUGUGUAUGGUAUGUCUGCUAAGAAUAAAGAUAUGAAGGUACAUUUUCUUAUUUGCUGUAAUGUUCUUAUUAUUUGCUCUAAUGUCCUAUGUGACACUGCUGCAUCAUAUUUAUAUUUCUGUAUAUCAGCUUAAAUGGUAAAUGCACGAUUACUUUAUCUAUACUUGUGCCUAAUAAAGUUGGAGAGAAAUUGUCUUGUUAAGUAAAAAAGAGCAGUAUUAGACUCUGUAUCUUCAAUAACUGCCAUAGAAAUUGUUUACUUUAACCAGGAUUUUUACAGUCUUUUGUCAUGGGAUCAAGCCUAUUGAUUUGCAAUUUUUUAUGAGUGUUUUUUGUGAUAAUAGCAUUUAUUUAAAUAAAUGUGUAUGUACACUUA